UCGUUUUUGUUUCGUACGUCCUUCGCAAAUCACUUGAUUGUAAAAAAUUUUCAGCCCGUCUUCUAUUGGAGUCAAUCAGAAUUUUAAGUGGUAGGGCAAUUAAAUCCGUAACAGAAAUCAGUGAAGUAGUCAUCGGGCGAGUUCCCACGAAAAGAGAAGUGCGCACAUAAAAAUUCGUACUAUUAAUGAACAGCAAGUGAAAAGAAACUUAUGUUGCGAUGAUUAGUGAAUGAUUCAGUCUGAUUUGUUAUCUAAGUGCAACACAAAAAGAGCAAAUAAGCGCUUCAGACGUAAAUAUAUACUAAAUUUUAAUCGGAAGCGGAACUAAAUGGAUAUUUAAAACGCAAUAAUGAAAAGAUGUAGAGGAUAAUCAAGCCUAGUAUGUUGCAGCGCUAAGUUUCAAGAUUUUUUACCAGGAAGUUUAAUGCGAUAAAUAUACAUAUAUGUAAAUAUAUAUGAAUGCACACAGUUACUUUGAGGAACUGGGAGGCUGACACAAACGACAACUGCUGUCCGCGUCGACGCCCACAACAUUUUAGCAGAUUGUGCCAAUUUGUCAACUUGUUGCCUACUUAAAGUGCUUACAUACUUGUAUAUCUAUCUGUGCUUAAAGAAAUUAUUGACGAAAACUAACAUUAGUUAGAUUUUACAUUAUUAAAUAAAAUAACUUCUGUACAACGGCUGCUGAAAUAUUGCUGCUGUAUGUUCUGCUAUAUAUACGCAUACAUAUGUGUGUCCGUACAUAUGUAUGUUGGUAGACGAACGUGUGACACAACACCUGCUAUAAUCCACAAUCGGCAGUGACAAGGCUGUUUUGUACAAUGCGUGCAAUCAACGUUAUCAAAUAUUAAAAAGUAAAAACUUUCAUAGCAAUAAAUAACCUGACUGACAACUAGGUCGCUGUGAGAUAGCACAACACGUCAACUGCCGUUGGCGCAACGCCGCCUCAAAAUGACCCUUGAUCGACCGUUGUUUCCCAUCGAUCCGCUGCCGACGUCCGCUGCAACUGCAUCGUUGACAACGUCAUCACCACUGUCUACAUGGCACAUACUAAGCACCGGCAAACUAACCACACGGAACGCAUUCCUUUUGGCUACGCGCGCUUUACGUUUGCUACAACUGAAUUGGAAGAUAAUCACUUCCGCAGCUGUGCUGACGCUAUUAGCCAUCAUUUGGUACUACCCGGCAUUUUUCUUUUUCUUCAUAUUCUUCAUAUAUUCCUCGUUUCUAGUGAUAGCAGCUGUGGCAGGCACAGUAUACGUGCACUACAUAUUUACGAGCACAGAGGCGCCGCCACCGAAACGUGAACCAACAAAUAUUCUUUACAAUGCAACGAAGAGCAGCAUUUUCGACCUGCCCAUUCCCAUUAAGAAUGCAUCAAAUUUACCGCUUAUCUUUGGAAAAACUGUGGACUUGCAGCUGCAGCAGAUUAUUGAAUAUGUCUUACGUGACUUUAUGACCCAUUGGCUGGGUCACGUGGUAACUCAACCGAAAUUGAUGAACGAUAUUGUGCGCGAAGACUUUUGGAAUGCGAUACAAAAGUUACACAAUCGUGGCUUGAAAAUUGAUGCAGCUAAGAUUAUAGCUGUGGAUAUGGUGAAUCGUGUCACGGUGCAUUUAGAGAAAAUACGGAUAGCGGAAGCAAGAACCGCUGAAACCGGCAAUCCACUUGUGUUCUCCACCAAUUCGUAUCUGGUGGAUGAGGAUACGGAAUUGAAGUUUCUGCGCAGGCUUAGUGAAAUUAUGAUAAUUCUCUUACUGCCACGCGGCUACUCUCUACCACCGCUUAAAGUGCUACUUAGCGAGAUACUCUCUUAUAAAAUAUUCUUUCCAUUGAUAAAAAUGCUCACAUCACCGGAUUACAUCAAUCAGAAAAUUGUACAAAAUAUCGAGACGCGUCUUGCAGCGGCUGCCAUUAGUAAACGCAGUUAUGAGUAUGCAGCAAGCUUUGAAGACUUCUUAAAAAUCAUAAACAAUGCAGGCAAUUUAGAGGAGUUGUCGUUAAUACGGAAAAGCAUUGUAAAUGAUCUGAUGCAUGCGACAACAAUACAAAAUUUACAACGUGCCAAAGGACUUGAUCCCGACACCGACGAUCACAGUCUGUCGAAGUCGGAAAUGAAUGCCGCUGUGCGUUUGAAACGUUAUGUGCAGCAGCUGACAUUUGCCAAAGCGCAGUGUGAGAAAAACUUGUCCAAGUACGGUUGGAACGGCAACUAUACCAGUGAUGUGGACUUGUCUCUCAUUGAAGUCUUAAGCACCGCAGUUGGACGCCGUUACUUAACCCUCUUUUUGGAACCACUAAAGGCCAGUGCACUCGUUGGUUUUUACUUGGCCGUCGAGGAAUUGAAACAUUCGCACAAAUCUGCUUGGCAUCAAUUGGGUACGGAAAUUUUCUACACUUACAUACGCGUGCCAAAGCCUGAAAUCCAGAUAGACAAACAUGAACGCAAACUUAUCGAAACAUUUCUGCUCGGCGACACCGGUCCCGAUAUAUUUUAUGACAUACAAAAGAAUAUCUUAAAAAGCUUAGAAGAAAAGUAUUACGCCUCAUUUGUGCUGAGCGAACAAUAUCGGCAAUUGCGUGAGGCGCUCAACUCGGAUGAUUUUAAAGAUCCCACCUUAUUGCUGCGUACAAUCAACGGUAGCGAUGCUGUAGCGGACGAGUCAAAUACUGCGCUUGAGGGUGCAGACGAUGCUAAUACAACAUUGGAUGUGGCAGCGCAUACAUCGUAUGCACGUCGUAAGCUCGAACAGCUGCAGGAGCGCAUAGAUAAGAAGAGUCAAGCUUUGGAUGCGCUGAAAUGUUCGGUGAAGCCUGAGUCCAAGGUGUUGCAGAUAUUAGAGAAGGAGAUGGAGUGGUUGAAAAAUGAAAAACGACAAACGGAGACGCAUCUGAAACGUACGGAUGCAUGGACUGAGCAUUUGGGCAAGUGGAAGGCGACGCUGCAAAGCGUGGAGAUUUCUGACGAGAAAGAGUCUUUGCAAUUCAUGAUACUAGUGCAUGUUGAUGAAGACAUCAAUAUGCCGCGCUCAGCCGAAAACAGCAGCAGUUCAGGUAAAGCUGGUGGUCUGUAUGCCCGCCCGGGUGCGAUAUCCAGUGGUUGGGUCGUGAUGCGUUCAUUAAAUCAAGUGCAUGAGUUACAACGCAAGCUUCGGCAUGUAAAUUCAAAUAUUAAAUCGCUCGAUCUGCCAACGAACUUCAAAUUUUUCUUUCUGAAAAAUGAUCGCCAUGCGCUCGAAAAGGCUAAAGGACAAAUACAGAAAUUUUUAAAUUUCAUACUGGAGGAUGAUCAUUUAAAUGGCAGCGAAGCUAUUUACAGCUUUCUCAGCCCCAGUUCCGAACAUCUCAAACAGACGUUGCCCUCACCGAAGAAAUCGAAAUUCUCAUUAUCCACUUUGUUCAAGAGCGACGCUGCGAAAGCCGGCGAAUUAAGCAAGGCGAAUGAUCCCUUUUGGGGUUUACAUCGUGAUGAUGAGGAUAUUUCGACUUAUCUGGAGGGGGAUCCCAGUGUGGACACAAAGCUUUUAGCUGAUUUAGAUAGCAAAGACUCCAUAGCGGAACCAUUAUACGCUUUGCUGGGCGAAAUUUUCGACAUGGGUGGUGUUUUCAAGUGGUUGCGCAAGAGCUUGAUAUCGUUUGUGCAGAUCACCUAUGGCCGCACAAUAAAUAGACAAAUUCGCGAAUCGGUGGCCUAUUUGUUUGAGGAAUCGAUGCUGCACUACUACUUCUCUGCCAUAUUAAAAUCCUUUUGGCCCGGUGGCGUGCUGGCCUCUUCGUAUCCCGUACGUUCGGACGACAUCAAGGAAAUGACACGCAACGCUGCCAAGGACUUGCUCAUGGACCAUAUACCUGAGGUGCUGUGCAAUCUAGUGGGCGCACAAACUGCUAAACAUGGUGUGCUGAAAGUCUUUGAAGCGAUGCAAAAUCCCACAUACAACAAGCAACUCUUUUAUGAGCUGCUUGAAAUUCUUAUGAUCGAAUUUUUCCCUGAGAUACGUCAGCUAAAACUGCCGGGUGCGAAAUCGGCCGCACACCACAACACAACGGCGUCAGCGGGCUCAACCAACUACAGUCAUGCCGCUACUACUUUGAUCACAUCGACAACAACAAAAGCAGCUGCGGCGGCUGCAGCAGGCAGUGGUGGCAGUAGUAACAACAAUCAGCUGCACACAACAUACCAACAAUCGUACGAAAAGCCACAACCUUUGCAAUUUCAACAACAUCACUUCGCCAAUGGUAAAUAGUGUUUAUAAGCACAAGCGAAAAAACAAAUUUAGCACCAAAGUAGUAAAUGAAAAAAAAAAAAACAAUUUUACAACCAAAAUAUACAACAUUACUUCUAAGGGCAUUAUAUAUACGCAAUAUAUAUGUAUGUAUGUAUAUACUAAGUGACCAUAUAUGGCUUUAAACUUUUAGGUGGUUAUAUAUUAAGAAAAUGUGAUUAUUCAAAGCGCUUUGCUCCUUUUUACUGCAUCUACACUCAUUUAUGUUAAAACCCGUUAUUAAAUCUCUUAUAUAUGUAUGUAUGUGUUUAUAAACUAACGUUUUUUAGUGAUAAUUAAUUUCUAUGAAAUAUGACAAUUUUCUGUGCGAAGAUAUUAUUUUUGAUUUUUAACUCUAACUGUGACGAUGUUUUUAAGUUUUAAACUUAUUUUGUGUAUUUUUUUUUAAUUUUUGUUAAAAACUUUGUUUUUUUAUUUAUUUUGUUUUGACUCUUAUUCAUUUAUCCAAUACAGGGUUGCAAAUUUUUUAAUUAAAAAAACUUGAAUUAAAUAUUAAAUUCUCAAUUUGGUAUUAAAAAUUGAAAGUUUAACAUUAAAUUUAAUUUUAAAAAUUUAUUUUUAAAUUAAUUAUAAAUCAAAUUAUAAAUUAUUUAUAAAUCAAAUUUAAUAUUAAAAAUUAAUUUUUAAAUAAAUUAAUUAUAACUUUAAUUUAAUGUUAAACUUUCAAUUCGAAAUAAUAUUUUCAAUUUGGAAUUAAAUACUGAAAGUUAUAUCCAGGGCUGCAAAUUUUUUAAUUAAAAAAUUUUGGAUCAGUUUUAAAUUUUCGAUUUUUAAUCCCGAUGUUGUGAUUAAAAAUAAGAUUUUAAUUUCUUAAUACCGUUAUUGAGAUGAAAAAUUUAAAAUUUUAUUCUUUAUUUUAAAUGAAGUACGCAAAAAGUUAAUUUUAAAACAAGUUUUUUCUUAUUUUUAAUUUUGAAAUAUUUUUUUAAUGGAAUUUAAAAAUAUUAUUUUUUGUAUUUUAUGCUCGGGAUUAAAGUUUUUAAUUUUCAAUACGGUAGUCCUGAUAUUGGAACUAUUUUUUUGUGUUUAAUCAGGCAUUUUAAUUAAUUAAUUUAAAUUAAUUUUCAAAUUUCUAAUCCGAAUUAAAACUUAUUUUUAAUAACAUAAAUAUAAAAAAAUAAAAUAAAAUAAUAUCAAUCCAGAUUAGAAAUUUGAAAAUUACUUAAAAUAAAAAAAUUAUAAAUAAAUAUUAAAAAAAUAAAAUAAAAUAAUUGUUUUUAUCAAAAAUAAAUCUUUAAUUCGAAUUAGAAAUUUGUUAUUAAAAAUAAUUUUGUUUAUUAAAUAUAAAAAAAUUAAUAAAUAUAAAAAAAUAAAAUAAAAUAAAUUUUUUUUAUUAAAAACAAAUUUUUAAUCCGGAUUAAAAAUUUGAAAAUUAUUCGUAAUUAAAUUUUUCGUGAUUAAAACACAAAAUAAAAUUUUAAUUUAACUGUUAAUUAAAUAUCUUUCAAUCCAUUAUAUGCAACCCUGUUCCAAUACAAUAAUAACCAGUAUUAGUUUCGAGAUGUCGGAUUGCAAUAAUAAUGAACUAUGCACACAAACAAAACAAUAACAUUCCAAACUAUAUUUGUGUACGUAAAAGUAUAAAUUCGAAAAACACAAAACACAACAUUAACUGUAAUUAUUUGUAAUUGCAUACAAAAAGCAAGUACUCAUUAUAGUAAAUUAUAGCAAAAUGAUAUUAUAUGAAAUAUGUAUGUGUUAGCGUUAAGUUUCUAAGUGAUUUUGUUAGAAAAGAGUGGGAAGGGAUUGUGAUUUCCAGAAAUGUCUUUUUACACACAAAUAAAACACACAACUACAAAUAUUAGCUAAUAGAGUUUUUGAAAUAUAUAUUUAUAUGUAUGUGUAUGUUUGACAGUUACCGAAUGUAGCCACCAACUCGAAUUAAAGCAAAUAGCAAUAAAAAGGAAAUAGCAAAAUUAAAAAUAAAACAUAGCAAAAGGAAAGUUAACGCAAAAGUUGCCGAAAGGGAACACAAAGUAUAUGUACGUAAUCAUACAUACAAACAAAUCUAUGUAUACAUGUACACAAAACAAUAAUUGAAAUAUAUAUAAAUAUAUAUAUAUAUACAUGUGAGUUCUUUUUCAAAAUCCAUAACGUCUGUAUGUAUCUGCAUGUUCAAAAGACAAAACGUUAUUCAAAAUUCAAUAGAAAGCCAACGGCAUACAUCACCCGUUAUGUACCAUUGCAUAUACAUAAAUAAAGAAUAAAAAAGCAACCAACACAUUUAUGUAACAUUUUACGAAAAA